ACAUUGUGAAUCAAUAUUUUAAAAGCCACAAACAUUUUCAUAAAAUCAUGUAAUAUUUCUUAAAUUUUUAAAUUAAAACGCGCACGAAUAUAAUUUAAAAUGAACACAGCCAAACGAUUAAUAUCACCUUUCAAAGAACACAACGAAAGUGCGGCCAAAAAAAUAAAAGUACAAAUGUCUGAGGACUUCAAGGCAGAAACAAUCGAUGAAAAAUCCGUAGACAAGGAAGAAAAUUAUGAUUUUCUCUUUGACGAGGAGGAUGAUUUCGAUUUGUCUGCCUUUGAAACAGCAGAAAAGGAUGUGGUUAAAGAAAAGUUGGAUUUAUCAAAAUGGAAAAGGUGUUUAGUGAAGGAAGUGGAAAGGGAUAAGAAAACAUUUGCUUUAGUAUUAAAAGUGAGUGGCAAAAAUGGGCGGGAAAUGGGUGAUGCUGAACAAGAAGCUGAAGCCAAGUGUCAUUUGCAAGGACCUUGGUGUCAUACCAGAAUUUCGGUGGAAGAUGUGGUGUCUUUGCUAGGUGAAUGGGAUGAUAGUUUGCAGGCCUAUAAAGUAGAUAAGGAUCAAGGUUUCUGUGUUAUAAAUCCGGAUACCUUAAUUUCGGGCACCAGUGUGGUGGGAUCUUUGUUUUGUAGAAGAAAGGCAGUGCUGCAAGAUCGUUUUAGGGGUAUAGAUGCUAAUAACAAAGUAAUGGUUAUUGGUUCCUUGGUGCAUGAACUUUUACAAAUUGUUUUGGAAAAAGACCUUAAAGAACUCAAAGACAUAGAAAAACUAGCUCAUGACCUGCUCAAUUCCCAGGAGACUGCCUUCAUGUUAUAUGGCAGCCAAUUAACACGUGAAGAUACCACCAUGGAAGUUUUACAAUUUGUGCGCAGUAUACAUCAAUUUAUGCAACAGUAUGUGGAUGAAAAAUUAUCCUCCUCAUUUCCUCUACAAAAGGAAAGUUUUCAAGGUCGCAUAACUGAGAUACAAGACAUAGAAGAAAACCUUUGGAUACCGCAAUUAGGUCUUAAAGGUAAAAUAGAUGUUUCGGUUAAAAUACAUCCACGCCGUCAAAAAGGACAAUUGGCCAAUUUUCUUAAACAGCAGGAAAAGGUGGUGCCUUUAGAAUUGAAAACCGGUAGAGCUAGUUUUUCCAUGGAACACAAAGGACAACUAAUACUCUAUCAAAUGAUGUUAAGCGCUUUAGGGAAACCCACAGAAUCGGGCCUUUUACUGUAUUUAAGAGAAAACUUAAUGCGUGAAAUUUUGGGCUCCAGAAAUGAGCAAAGAGAUUUAAUAGGUUUACGCAAUGACUUAAGCCACUAUUUAUCAAAUUUCCCCGACUUUGCCACACAGCCCGCAGAUUUAGCUUUACCAGAAGAGAAGUUUAUACAACCCUUUGAAUUGCCCGAACCCAUAUCACAUCCCACCGCCUGUGCUCAAUGUGCUUAUGCCACUAUAUGCUGUUCAUUUGCUAAAACCGAUUCUUCCUUGGAACUUAGAGCCAGUCAUCCUUUAAAUAAAGUAUCUUCGGAUAGUAUUUCUCAUUUAACUGCCAAGGAUUAUGAGUAUUUUAUGAAAUGGUGUCAUUUAUUAAUGAUGGAAGAACAGGAAGCCAGAAAAUCCAACUAUUUAAGAGCUCUUUGGUGUCAAACUCCCGAAAAUCGCCAAGAAAUGGGUAGAGCAAUUUGUAAUUUAAAAAUUUCUCAACAGCCGAUUGAAAAAGAAGAAUCCCGCUAUAAACAUACAUUUGUUUUAGAGUCAAACAAUUCGAAUGGUAGUGCAGAGGAUGGUAAUGUGGAAGAUGGUGAUAUUUUGGAUUUAACUUUAAGUGGGUUCUCCGUUGGUGAAUAUGUUAUUGUUUCAACACCUCAACGCUUAGCCAUUGCAGCUGGCUUUGUGCUUGACUUAAGCCCAACUUCCAUAACCGUUAGUUUAGAGCGUAAUCUAUUACAAAAUUAUAAACAACAAACAUUUAUCAUUGAUAAACAUGACUCACACUCGGGAAAUGUAUUUAAUUUUACCAAUUUGGGUUUGCUACUAGAUAACACUGAACGUUCCUCGCUGCUAAGACAAAUAAUAAUAGAAAAACAGCCUCCCAGCUACCACAAAGUCUUGCCCAAGAUAAUAGCCACCGAAGGAGCGGAAAUAUUGAAGCAACUAAAUGUUGUCCAAAGAGCUGCAGUCUUGAAAGCCUUGACUACACAAAGUUUUAUGCUGAUAAAAGGUUUACCCGGUACGGGUAAAACUCAAACACUGGUGGCCAUUGUACGUCUCUUGCAUUUAAUGGGUAAAUCUGUAUUAAUUACCUCCCACACUCACUCUGCUGUGGAUAAUCUUUUGUUGCGUUUGAAAGAUCACCAAUUGCCCUUCUUACGUUUGGGCUCUUCGGCACGAGUUAAUGCACAACUAAAGAAUCAUAGUGAAACAAUUUUAACGGCCAAUUGUAAAACUGAAGCUGAACUAUCAAAACUUUAUGAUUCUUAUCAAAUUGUCGGUGUCACUUGUUUGGGUUCUUCACAUGCUAUAUUUUUACAUCGCCGCUUCGAUUUCUGUAUAGUGGAUGAAGCUACACAGGUUAUGCAGCCCACAGUAUUAAGACCUUUAUUCUUUUCACAACGUUUUAUACUAGUAGGAGAUCCCGAUCAAUUGCCGCCCUUAAUACGUUCUCCUUUGGCCAGACAAAAAGGAGCAGAUGAGUCUUUAUUUCAACGUCUAGAUUGUACAGAAGCCACCUCUGUCCUAACCCUACAAUAUCGUAUGAAUAAAACUAUAACUAAGUUGGCUAAUGAAUUGACAUAUCAAGGAUCCCUGCAAUGUGGUUCUAAUGAAGUUAAGAGCGCUAUUAUGUACAAGCCCAUUAACCAAACUUUCGUGAAAGAAAAAUGGCUACAGCGUGUUUUACAAACUCAUGUAGAUCAAUCAGUUUUUCUCUUAGACACUCUCGACUGUUCGGAAAGAUCUUAUAAUUUUGCCAAAACUAAACAUAGUGCUACUUGUUCACUGAUAGAAACAACCUUCAACGAAGAACAAUUGCCCGGGGAAUUGUUAAACAAAUCACCCACAAAAACUUCUAAACGUUUGUCAAAAUAUACCAACUAUUGCGAGGCUGCCUUAGUAUUUCGUGUGGUCACUGCUCUUUUAAAUUGUCAAUAUGAUCCACAACGUAUUGGUGUAGUGGCUCCUUAUAGAGCUCAAGUGGAACUUUUAAAAAAGUUGGUUCUACAGCAUCAUGAAUACUAUGAAAAAUCUUCUAAAGAAAAUAAAUCUACCCUAGAUUUCUCCUCUGUGGAAGUAAAUACUGUUGAUCAGUAUCAAGGUAGAGAUAAAGAUAUUAUCAUUUACUCUUGUUCACGUACGGGUUCUUCAGCCAAUAAAAACAUGGAACGUAAUCGUGAUGCUGAAAUUCUAGAAGAUAAACGUCGUCUUACUGUAGCCAUUACCCGUUCAAAACAUAAACUUAUUAUAGUGGGUGAUGCCGCCUGCAUACAGCAAUAUACACCUUUUCAAACUUUACUCCAGCAUAUACCUGGUUUCUGUAAACUAAAAUUAGAAGAUGAUAAAUUGGGUUUCCAGUGGUCAGCAGUAAUGGAAGAUUUAUCUCGUGUGAUUAAUGCAACAUGAGAAAAGGUUUGUUUUUUUAUCGUUUUAAGGUUUUUACAAAAUUUUAUUUAUAUCUGGAUUUCAAAUUAAUUUUUAGCGAUUUUUAAUUAUAAAAUUAUUUAAUAAAAUAAUAUUUUUUUGCACUU